AUGUCCGAGGAGCGUUCGGGAGGGCGUGCACCGAGCAGUUCCAUAGGAUCUUCUCGGGGAUCGACGUGGAGGGAGAGAAGGCAGAAACGACAGGAAGAUACGGAGCACCCCAGAGGAGAGGAAAGGUCCGGAUUGGGAGAAGGGUUGGAUCAGACCCACCGAACGAUUUCGGGUGUCUCGGCGCAUAGGCAGUAUGAUGAUAGAGACCGAGAACUGGAGCGGUUGCAUAGACUGCUAGUAAAGGCAGGGUACCUGAAAGAGUUUGUAGUAGACUCCACUGAUCGAGAAGCCGGCCAGGGCGUCCAACAGAAAAGGAACCCCCUCCCGCCACCACUGGGGGUGAUCGAAGUCAUUCAUGUUGCACCAAGAGGAACGGCAACAGCAAAAAGGGUAUUGACAGUGGCUUGCACAGAAAGAGAUUCAGCCAAGAAGAAGAAGAAAGUUGAACGGCUGACCAUCUCGUUCGGAGAAGACGAUUUGGAAGGGAUGGUCCAACCUCAUGACGAUGCAUUGGUGGUGACGGCUCGGAUAAACGGGUUCCUAGUGAAGAGGGUGAUGAUAGACCAAGGAAGCGGGGCUAACGUCAUGUACCCAGACCUGUUUGAAGGGCUCGGAUUGAAGACCCAGGAUUUGGCGAAAUAUGACACGUCGCUGGUCUCAUUUGACGAGAGAGUCGUGAUUCCCGAGGGACAAAUCUCUCUCUCGGUGGACAUGGAAGGCAAGGGAAUUAUAGUGACCUUCAUAGUAGUCCGAUCAUUCUCACCGUAUACCGCAAUCCUGGGGAGGCUAUGGAUUCACGCAAUGAAGGUUGUUCCGUCCACCCUCGACGUGAAAGUAAAAUUUCCCACUGAGUAUGGAGUCACCGAGGUGAGAGGGAACCAACAAGUGGCGAGACAGUGUCUUGUCGCCGCGGUCAGGUGGAAAAGUGAACACCUCGGACAAGCGGAGCAAACCGAGAAAGAAACUUUAUAG